AUGUCUUCUUCACUCUUCAAUCUUGUGAUUUAUCCAUCACCUCUUCGCAGUUUUCAGCAGACCAUCCAGCCAAACCAUCAUGAAGUGUAUAGAGAGGAGGGUAGUAAUGUUCAGCUUUCCUGCAACUACUCCUCAUCAUACAGUGUACUUUGGUAUAAACAGUAUCCAGGAACAGCUCCCCAAUUCCUCCUCUUCAUCCACCAUGCCUCUAGGACUGUAGUGAGAGCUAACCUCCAUACCCUCACCUUACUGUUAAACUGAACAAAGAGAAGACCCGUGUGGAUCGGGAGAUCUCCUCUGCUGAAGUGACAGACUCUGUUCUGUACUACUGUGCUGUCAAGCCCACAGUGACAGAAAACACAACUUGAUCAUACAAAAAGCAGACAGCCUGACACACAGAUGUGGGAUGUACACUUUCCAUUCAGAAUUGAUCCUAUAAACCCUGAUAAAAUGUCAUACAAUUCAAACGAUAUGGUUUAUUUGCAUAUGGUGAUAUGGUGCAGCAUGGUAUAGUAUUGUGGAUCAAUUAAAAAGACAAAAACAAAUAAACAAAGGCAUUCCCUAGACAUUUCCAGUUAGAAAGUAAGUCUAAAAUAAUAUGAGGAGGAUGCCAAUAGGAACUGAAAACGCUUAACCACAAACCACAGAUUUUUUUUUACAUAUCCAUUUAUCAGAGGAGGGGCCUCAUAGUCAAACACUGGUAUAGGCUGGGUAUACCUGCAACCAUGAGGAUGUCUCUGUAGAGGAUCUACUCAGCUCUCUCACUGUCUUAUCUGUCAGUUGGUUUAUCUAGUCUGUGUCAGGAUGUCACUCAUAUUACUGUUGCUCCUCUCUGUGUUUGUAGGUGAGUGGUGAAUUCUCAUCUGAAACCAAAUAACAUUUUGAUUUGACUGCGUUCAAUUAACGAUUCCAUAAAAUCUAAAUGGUAGUAGUACUCUAAAAUUGUAAUUGUUACUGUUAUCAUGUCUGUACGUUAUAGGGACAUCUAAUCCAGACCUUUCCCAUUUAGCAUUUGGAAUUAACAUUUUGAAUCCCAAUACUUAUGUUGUUGCAGCUGAUAGUAUGGAGCAGGAAACAAUAACUCCAGUGAAGUCUGAAGUCAAUGUUCUCCAAGGAACAGACAUCACUCUCUCCUGCAACUACAAGGGCAACGUUGACAAUCUCCAAUGGUACCGUCAAUACCCCAGAUCUAGACCAGAAUGUCUUCUUUUGAUCCUACAAAGCAGCAUGUAUGUACAGAAUACAUCCAUUACGACUCCACGACACACUGGUAGACUGAAUGAAGAGAAGACCCGUGUUGACUUGAAGAUCUCCUCUGCUGUAUUGGAAGACUCUGCUCUGUACUACUGCGCCUUGCAGCCCACAGUGACAGGAAACCCAGACACACUGUACAAAAACCUGUCAAGAGCUUUGGGGAUAAAUAGUGCCUUGGUGGAGACACUGUAUUCUGAUAAAUCAGUUAUUAUUUAGAGUACAUUAUUACAAAUAUUUUCCCUGCAUCUCCACAUCAACUGAAAAAUAAAAUAUAACUGUUAUUUUAUUGAAAUAUAUUCCCUUCUUCAGGAAAUAAUACUUGAUAUUGUAUUCAUGUUCCUGUUGUGAUAUAACAUGAUCAGAGAUACUAGUCUGAAUAAAUACAGAAUGAAUAACAUUUGUGUUGUUUUGCUUCCUUAGAGUAUUAAGGGCAGUAAUUGUCUUAUUCUUUUCCAUUGUUUUUUGAGAACAGCAUACAUUUUGAGACAAUACCAAUAGAGGGCAGUCAUGAGCCGAAUUAUCUCUAUUCAGAACUACAGCAAAAUCAUGAAGAUUACAGUAAGCAGCAAUUCAACAUUGAAAGAGAGUUUAACUCAAAUACCCAACCACCUUUAGUUUAGAGAGGUAGAACUAUAAAUUAAAUGAGUGCUUUGACAUUACAGUAUGUAGCCUAAAAUAUGUUUGAGGUGAGAAUAGUGAUAUUCUCUUACAUUAAAGCACAUAAAGCCAGUCAUUCAGUCCCCAUUAAGAUGUUUUUAUGCAAUUUUGCUUUUUUCAAUGUCCAUUGGUAAGUGCAUAGGUUUUGCAUUGGGUUUUGCAUUGCAGUUUUGCGUUGCAAACAUACUUGUCAAUAUGCUGUAGCAGUUACGGUACAUAAAUUGCUAAAUGUCUAACAUGAUUUAUUUCAGGUAGCAGUUAAGAGGAGGAAAUAAUAUCAGCCACAACUGAAGAGCAUGUUUUUGAGGGUGAUGGUGUUACUCUGUCCUGCAACUACACUGGCACUUACAGUGGUAGCGGUAGAUUACUGUGGUACCAACAAUACCCCAGAUCAACAACAGAAUUCCUGAUCCUCAUCACUGAAGGAGGGUUUAAGACACACCUGACAACAUACAGUAUACUGUAG